GAGGCGAUUGUAACAAAGAUGCUGAGGGCAGGGGAUACAGGUCUCCAGCGUUACGCUCCCUACAAGCACUGCCCUGCCCAUCCGAGCUACCCAAUGCCCGGCGCCUGCCCCAGCUGAGGGGAAAUUAGAGCAAAGCUUGAGCCGUUGCCUCCGCCGCGCCGCCCCGCCCCGCCCCGCCUCAUUGGCAGGGCCCAGGCCCGGCCCGGCCCCUAGAGGCGGGACCCUCGCCGUGUGGCGCCAACUGUUCAAGAUGGCUGCAGAGAAGCUGAGGAGCAAAGUGGGCUCUGCCUUCAAGAUGCACGGUCUGCUGCUCCGGGCUGAAGCUAAUAAAUAUCUUACUGAAGCUCUUCAGUCUUUCAAUGAAUUAGAGCUUGAAGAUGUAAUAGAAAAUAUCAUUGAUGCUGUUGAAAAACAGCCUUUGUCAUCUAAUAUGAUUGAACGGGCCACAAUGGAAGCCGCUGUCCAGGAAUGUAGCCAGUCAUUAGAUGAAACUAUAGAACACAUUUUCAAUAUUAUUGGGGCCUUUGACGUUCCACGUUAUGUUUAUAAUUCAGAAAGGAAGAAGUUUCUACCUCUAUCAAUGACCAACCAUCCUGCACCAAAUUUAUUUGGAACUGCCAGGGAUAAAGCAGAGUUGUUUCGUGAACGCUACACCAUCUUGCAGCAGAGGACUCAUAGACAUGAGUUGUUUACUCCUUCAGCGAUUGGUGCUCAUCCUGAUGACAGCAGGAGUAAAUUCCAGCUUAAAACAAUAGAAACUCUGUUGGGCAAUACAGCUAAAGUUGGGGAAGUGAUUGUUCUUGGGAUGAUAACACAACUAAAAGAGGGAAAAUUUUUCUUGGAAGAUCCUACAGGAGUUGUUCAGCUAGACCUUAGUAAAGCACAGUUCCACAGUGGCUUAUAUACUGAGUCAUGCUUUGUUUUGGCAGAAGGCUGGUAUGAGGAUCAAAUAUUCCACGUGAAUGCUUUUGGAUUUCCACCCACUGAGCCUUCUGCUACCACUAGGGCAUAUUAUGGGAACAUAAACUUUUUUGGAGGGCCUUCUUCAACUUCAGUAAAAGCUUCUGCAAAACUGAAACAACUGGAGGAUGAAAAUGAAGAUGCCAUGUUUGUUUUUGUUUCUGAUGUUUGGCUGGACCAAGUGGAAGUGUUAGAAAAGCUUCACACUAUGUUUUCAGGUUACUCCUCUGUGCCUCCAACUUGCUUUUUCUUUUGUGGAAAUUUUUCAUCUGCACCAUAUGGAAAAAAUCAAAUUCAGUCCCUAAAAGAUUCCCUCAAGGCUCUUGCUGACAUAAUAUGUGAAUACCCCAGCAUUCAUAAAAGCAGUCGAUUUGUGUUUGUUCCUGGUCCUGAAGAUCCUGGUCCUGGUUCAAUUUUGCCAAGGCCACCACUAGCUGAAAACAUCACUAGUGAAUUCAGACAGCAGGUGCCAUUUUCAGUUUUCACUACAAAUCCUUGCAGGGUUCAAUACUGCACACAAGAAAUCAUCAUCUUUCGUGAAGAUUUAGUAAAUAAAAUGUGCAGAAAUUGCAUCCGCUUUCCUAGCACCAACUUGGAUAUUCCUAACCAUUUUGUAAAGACUAUAUUAUCACAAGGACAUCUGACUCCACUUCCACUUUAUGUCAGCCCUGUAUUUUGGGCAUAUGAUUACAUCUUGAGAGUGUACCCUGUGCCAGAUCUGAUCGUCACUGCAGAUAAAUAUGAUCCUUUCACCGUUACUAAUACUGACUGCCUUUGCAUAAAUCCUGGUUCUUUUCCAAGAAGUGGAUUUUCAUUCAAGGUGUUCUAUCCCUCCAACAAAACAGUAGAAGACAGCAAACUUCAAGAUCUCUGAAUUUCUGAAAGACUGCAUGAAGAAGUCAAAUAUUCUGUUCCAACAUACUGCAGAACUAAUUUUAGAUUGUUUCAUAUGGUUAUGGAUUUAUUUUAUUGUGUGUCAGAUUAUUCAUAUUUAAAUGUCAAUGCAAAAGACUUAAAUUUUGUAAAUAAAUUUUACAGGAAAAAAAUGUCAGUGUUAGUUUCUUAGAAGAAUGAAGGAUUCAUAAUAUACUGUGUGUUUGAGUUAACUUGCAAGAUCGAAAACUAGAAGUGGAGAUGCAAUUAAGAGAUACUCAAACUGGAUAUAUUUUAUAUUUAAACAUUAAGUAUGUAUUCAAAAUUAUGUGCCUCUUCUGAGAAUUUUGUUUUUUUAACCUUGUGCUAGUCUUUUUUAAGUCAGGAUCUGCUUCUGACACACAGAUAGAUCUUUCUUGAGCAGUUUUGUAUGAUUUAUUCUACACUUGAUUUGUCAGUUUAAAAAUAAGUAUGUGCCUUAAAUAUUUGCUUAGUCUCCUUUGAAAUCAGCAUAGAGUAGCCUGCACCUUGUCUUGGCUAUAUUGCCGUGUUUGAUGAAAUCCAGUGAAAUAUCAGUGAGGGGAAAAAAGCACUGGCAAUCAAAGGCUUCCUUUGGCAUACACAGAAAGAUUUGAGCUUGGCUGCUAAAGAGUGUGACAUAAAACAUUUCCUCAGUGAAGUAUUUUAUGCCGUAGUGUCUGUACAGAAUUAGAAAUAUCUUUGAAAUGUAAGUGUUAGAGGCAUUUGGACAGACACUGAAUCACAUGAUAGACAAAAUUAUUUGUGAGAGGCAGAAUCUUCUUUGAAGAGCAGCUGCAAAAAUAUUUUAAACUAUAGUAAUUUUGACAGUUCUGCACUAACACCAUUCUUGCACCUGAUCCAAUAAAGACACCUUGGAAACAAGCCUUG